AUGGGAAGAAUGACAAAUAGUGACAGCGGUGGGAGACAAGAAAACAAGAGAUGGUCGUUAAUCCAUGGUUCUCGUUUCUUGACAAUCCUACUGGUGAUAUCCAUGAUCCACGUAGCAGCAAGUCAGAACAAGAUGAGUACUCUUGAUCAAGGUUUGAACAAGAUUCGAUCACCAAGAUAUGUCAAGACAGCAGGCAAAACCAACACCCAAUCUAGCAGGAGAACUGCCGCUGAAAAAUACAUUACUGAUUUGGUAAAAGUUUUGGGCGGAAACACGAGCAUCGUUACAAAAGUAAAAGAGCUUCUCGACUUUGAGGCCAAACUUAAAGAAGUAAAGAAUCUGAAGCAUUCUAAUGAAAGUUCAAUGACGAAUUUGACACUUGAUCAAUUACAGCAGAAAGUACCACAGUUCAAUUGGAGUAAGCACUUAAAUCAGAUGUUUGCGCCUCACAAUAUUACUGGGACCGAGAUUAUUCAUGCUGCACUGCCUUACCUCAAAAAGACUAUGGAACUGAUACAGAAUGCCUCUAAGAGUGUGUUAGCCAAUUACCUGGUAUGGCACGUGAUCAAGAAGGAGGUGGCUUAUUCAAGCUUCAAUAAAAAAGUACCCAUUUCCAUAGCGAAACGCAAGGAACAGUGCGUCGAUGAAACUGAGUCGACCUUUAUGGAUUUAAUACAAGCUGCAUACGUCACAACUUAUGGCAAAAGGAUAAAAAGGAUUAAAAAUAUGGUGGAAGAACUGACAAAUGCAAUACGCCAAGCCUUGAAAAGAAACGUGAACCACCUUAUCUGGGUUGAUGCCGAGUCUAGAAAGAAAAUAAAUGAAAAGAUUGACAACAUGAGAAACGAAAUUGGCUUUCCGGACUAUCUUUCAAGCCCUGAAAGAGUGAAACAGAAAUUUAAGAAAUACGACACUCUCACCCUCAAAAAAGAUGAAUAUUUCAAAAACAAAAUAGCCUUAUCUAAGUUCAAUCACCUACAAAUGUUGAUGAAAUUUAGGCAACCUGUUUCCGUUGAUCACGGGUGGCCAGUGUUUGCUCACGAGGGUGAAGAUGGGGCUCGUUACAUCUAUGAUACUAACUUCCUUGUCCAGCCUUUAACCAGCCUGCGACCACCUUUCUUUUAUGAAAGUGAAUACCUAAGGGCUGUUAAUUUUGGCGCGAUGGGUGCAAAUAUAGGGAAAUCAAUCACGCUUGCCUUUGGUCUCAUAGGAAGGAAAUAUGACAAGAAUGGUCUACCUUUCUCGACUGGUCAGGGGUGGUCAAGGAGAUCACUACGGAAUAUUGAGAUCAAGGGACGGUGUUUUAUCAGGCAGUACUCCCAGUACAAAUUGUUCGGAAGAUGGCAGGUCGACGGCAAACAUAAUUACUUGGACGAAAACAUUGACACUGAUGGUUUAAAAGCGGCCAACAAGGCGUAUCAUGAUUGGGCACAGCAAAAUCCCAGUAAAACAUGGCUGCUACCGGAACUCAAUCUAACAAAUGAGCAGCUAUUCUACACAGCGUUUGCUCAGACGUAUUGCCGCAAGGGAACCCCUGAUGGACUACACAAAGCUUUUAUUAAAGCUGGAUCCUAUGAUGACAAAUUUGGGGUGAUUGGUGCGUUAUGCAACUCUUGUGAGUUCGCCAACGCGUUCAAAUGUAAGAAGUACAGUCCGAUGAAUCCCCCUCAUAAGUGUAAUCUCUGGAGCAAAGAUGGAAAUUUGUACUAGUAGCCGUCCCAAGUCCUGGAUCUGGAUACUCUUCACAUAUUGAAAAUGGAAACUUUAAAUAGCUAUAACAAAUAAAUGGAAUUUGAAAUAAUAGUAACAAUAACAACUUUACUUGCUAAUUUUUGUAAACUAAUCUCGUGAUCUGAGUUAUAGACACUACUUAAAUAAAAAUCAUAGAAGAAUAAAAAAUAGAC